GACCUUGUUUACUUGUCAAAACGUAACUGCCGUUUCCUGCCGAAAGAAAAUCCGUCAAAAUGCUCUCUGACACCACGUAAAGAUCGCGUUGCGAAAAUAAGGAAACAUCCACUUACGGACAAUGCAAACGAGAAAAAAGAAAAUACUGCUGGUUUCUUUUGUUCUCGUAUACUUAAAAAUCCACAAUAAGUAGUAUCUGAAAGUAUUUUAAGGCAGACGAUUACAUGCUAACAGGCUAAGAGUUUCUCAAUCGGACUGUGUGAUCAACACCACCUCAGUCAUCAAUCGCAGUGUUUCUUUUUCGCAUAACAGUGUUGCAUUUUGAGACCGUUACUAUCCACCUUUUUGAGACCAUGGAUGAGGCAUCUCCACCAUCUCUGAGCGAUCUGUGUCUGACUCUCGUGAGCUCCAGGCUGGAAGUUUUUUGUGAAAUGCGAGAUGAUGGAUCUCUGUCUUUUCGUGAGCCUCUGGUCUUCCCACAAGAGCUGGCCGACCAACUGCUCUGCAAGAUGGCCACUGACGGCCUUUUGAACGACAGCACAGUGGGAAUCUUUCGAAACUGUCAACAGUUUCGCCUGCGUCACGCCUGCAUCCGCACUGCCCGAAUCUCUGCCGAGGCCUUUCACCGUGCCCUCUGCCUCCAUCGUCUUAUAGAGCUUGACGCUUCGCGUGUCAAUGCCGACCUCACUAUUGCCGACAUCCUUCGAGGUCUCUCGUCCAAUAAAAUCCUUCAGGAGAGCCUGCAGCGGCUCGCCCUUAACGGCCUGACCAUGUCGUCUCUGGAGGAACCAAGUCACCGUUGCUUCAGCGCCCUCCAGGGUCUCCGCGCGCUCAGCGUCUCCAACGUCGAUUUCUACGACUCAGGCCUGGCAGACGUGUGCUCGCUGCCUCGUCUGGAGAGUUUGGACAUCUCCAACACAUCGGUAACUAACCUGACCCCGCUUCUGGUGUUGAGAAACAGGCUACGCUACCUCACCAUGCAUCAGCUCAAGAGGCUGGAGAUGACUACAGCUCAACUCCUUGCUGUGCUCAGCCAGUUAGAGUGUUUACAGCACCUUGACAUUUCGGAUGAUAAGCAGUUCACAUCUGACGUGGCGAGACAGUUGCUAGAGACUUCAGGCAUCCUGCCCCAGUUGGUAUCUCUAGACGUGUCUGGCCGAAAGCAAGUGACGGAUGCAGCAGUCAGGACUUUUGUGGAGGCGAGACCCGGCAUGACCUUCGUCGGUCUGCUGGCUACUGAUGCAGGAUUUUCUGACUUCCUGUCUGGAGAGGGCAGCCUAAAGGUGACUGGAGAAGCCAAUGAGACUCAGAUCUGUGAGGCGUUGAGGAGGUACAGCGAGAGGGAAGGUUUUGUCCGAGAGGCUCUGUUCCACCUCUUCAGUCUCACUCACGCUAUAGAAAAAUCACGGCCCGAUAUUCUCAAGUUGGUUGCGUUGGGGAUGAAGAAUCAUCCGGCUACAUUGAAUGUUCAGCUGGCGGCAAGUGCCUGUGUUUUUAACCUCACCAAACAGGAACUGGCCUUUGGAAUUCCUGUACGACUCCUGGGAAAUGUCACCCAGCUGUUACUGGAAGCCAUGAAGACUUUUCCCAACCACCAACAGUUGCAGAAGAACUGCCUGCUGUCUCUGUGUAGUGAUCGAAUUCUCCAGGAGGUUCCUUUUAACAGGUUUGAAGCUGCUAAAUUGGUAAUGCAGUGGCUAUGUAACCAUGAGGAUCAGAACAUGCAGAGGAUGGCUGUUGCUAUCAUAUCAAUCCUUGCUGCCAAGUUGUCCACUGAACAAACUGCACAACUGGGAGCAGAGCUCUACAUUGUAAAGCAACUUUUGCACAUUGUGCGGCAGAAGACAUCUCAGGGUACCGUGGAUGCCACGCUAAAGUUCACACUCAGUGCCCUCUGGAACCUCACAGAUGAGUCUCCUACCACCUGCAGGCACUUCAUAGAGAAUCAGGGGCUCGAGCUCUUCAUCAGAGUGUUGGAGUCCUUUCCAUCAGAGUCCUCCAUUCAACAGAAGGUUCUGGGUUUACUGAAUAACAUCGCUGAAGUGGGCGAGCUGCACGGGGAAUUGAUGGUGCAAAGCUUUUUGGAUCACAUCCGCUCUCUGCUACACAGUCAAGAGGUGGAGGUCAGUUAUUUCGCUGCAGGCAUAUUGGCUCACCUCACCUCACGGGGCGAGAAGGUGUGGACCCUGGACCUGUCCCUUAGGACUACGUUACUGGAGCAACUGCACUCUGCGAUUCUGAAGUGGCCGACACCUGACUGUGAGAUGGUAGCAUACAGGUCCUUUAACCCUUUUUUCCCCUUGCUGGAGUGCUUUCAUACCCCAGGAGUUCAGUUAUGGGCUGCAUGGGCAAUGCAGCAUGUCUGCAGCAAAAAUGCCGGGCGCUACUGCAGCAUGUUACUGGAGGAGGGAGGACUGCAGCAUCUAGAAGCUGUGAGGUCACAUCCUGAAACCCACAGCGAUGUGCAUCGAUUGAUCGAGAGCAUCCUGGACAGUUUACAUCGCCAUAGAACACGCACUGGAUAUACAGAGCCACCCAAAGCACACACACACAGAGAAAAGAACGUUCCAUGACCACACCUGUUCUCUGGAUAGGCUGCAGUAAAUUAAACUGGAAGCUUUUUACAUGCGUGUAUGUUCAGUCGAACCCAUUCGUAUUCGUAAACAAUGCUGCCCUUCCUCUGACAAGGGCCAUGUAGACGAGUUAUUUUGCAAAUGUUUGCACAUGGCAGAAACGUUAUUUAUUUUACAAAAGAAUAAGAAAUUAUUUAGAUGAGCAUCACAUACAGUAUGUUUAUUCUGUCAUGACAUGAAAUUUAUAUGCGUGUGUGCGCGCAUGUCUGCAUGUGUACUAAGAGCAUGUGCAUCAGGACGCUUUCCGUAUCCAUUUUGAUUGCUUUUAUGUUAUGUUUAGAAAUGAUCAAUGGAUUGGAAAACACGAGAGCUUUAGGAAUUAAGUUGUAUAUUUUUAUGAACCCUAUUUUGACAGUGUUAAGAAGCUCCAUGUUGUGUUGCACGCAAAAGAUUUACAAUCCAGAUUCAAAUGGUACAAAAACAACCUGAACUCAAAAGAACCGAUGGAUUUUUACAAAGAUUCCUCAAAAUCAAAGCUUUACUUUAAUGCACAGCUCUGUUAAAGCCAAGCAGUAAGUUGUCAAUAAAUGGAUCAUUUAACCAGCUGAAGAAAUCGAGCAACAGACAUACAGUAUA